CUGCUUCGCCAGAUUUUUUGAAAAGCCGUCGACUUUCUGACCUUGUAUGGUUCUUCGUCGUGUUGUUGCGCUUUCCCUUUCUCUCUAAUUUCCCUCAAAUCUGAGAGUUUUGGAUCCAUAUUAGAAGCCAAGUUUGGAGCUAUGGUGUGGUGUAAACAUUGUGGGAAGAACGUUCCCGGAAUACGCCCCGAUGAUGCUGCAUUGUCAUGUGAUUUAUGUGGCAGGAUUUUGGAGAAUUUCAAUUUUUCUUCCGAAGUAACAUUCGUUAAGAAUGCAGCUGGACAGAGCCAAGCUUCUGGUAACAUAGUGAAGAGUGUUCAGAGUGGGAUGUCAAGCUCACGUGAAAGGAUAAUCAGAAUAGCUAAAGAUGAGCUUAUGAAUUUGAGAGAUGCUUUGGGAAUCGGUGAUGACAGAGAUGAUGUUAUUGUCAUGGCUUCUAAUUUCUUUAGAAUUGCACUUGAUCAUAAUUUCACUAAAGGCCGUAGCAGAGAACUAGUAUUCUCUUCAUGUCUCUACUUGACUUGCAGGCAAUUCAAUUUGGCGGUUCUUCUUAUUCAUUUUUCAAGCUACCUUCGUGUUAGCGUUUACGAUUUAGGUUCUGUGUAUUUGCAACUCUGUGACAUGCUCUACAUUACAGAAAACCACAACUAUGAGAAACUUGUUGAUCCUUCAAUUUUCAUUCCUGGAUUCACAAACAUGUUAUUGAAAGGUGCACACAGUAAGAAAGUCGUGGGAACAGUCGUGGACACGGCGAAAGACAUUAUAGCUAGUAUGAAGAGAGAUUGGAUGCAGACCGGACGGAAACCAAGUGGAAUAUGUGGAGCUGCACUCUAUACAGCUGCACUUUCUCAUGGUAUCAAGUGCUCUAAGACAGAUAUCGUGAACAUUGUGCAUAUAUGCGAAGCAACCCUAACUAAAAGAUUGAUUGAGUUUGGAGAUACCGAGGCUGCAAGUUUGACUGCAGAUGAGCUCAGUAAAACUGAAAGAAAAAAAGAAACGGCUGCAUUGCGAAGUAAAAGGAAGCCAAAUUCUUACAAAGAAGGAGUAGUGCUCUGUAUGCAUCAAGAUUGUAAACCUGUUGAUUAUGGAUUAUGUGAGAGCUGUUACGAUGAGUUCAUGACAGUUUCUGGUGGACUUGAAGGUGGGUCGGAUCCUCCCGCCUUCCAGCGAGCAGAGAAAGAGAGAAUGGAGGAAAAAGCUUCUAGAGAAGAAAACGACGACAAACAACUAAAUUCGGAUGGACAUUCGGAUGAAUCAAGCACCUUGUCUGACGUCGAUGAUAGAGAGUUGGAUUGUUAUUUUCGGAACCCAGAAGAAGUGCGCCUGGUUAAGAUCUUCUUUGAUCUCAAACAUCCCGGAUAUGAUGAGAAGGAAGCAGCUAAGAAAGCAGUAGCUUUAAACGAGAGCAAUAAUGCAAGAAACCUUUUCGAAGCUUCUAAAGCAGCUGCGGCGAAAUCUAGAAAAGAAAAACGACAACAACGUGCUGAGGAAGAAAAGAACGCGCCUCCUCCAGCUACAGCCAUGGAAGCUGUUGGUAGAAUGGUCAAGCGAAAGAAAUUUCGCAGAAUUCACUGCGAAUAUUUGGAUCUUGAUACUUCAGCUGAGAAAUCACCCAAGAGAUCAAAGAAGAAGGAAGAGCAUGAGAUUGUUGAAAACGAACAAGAUGAAGAAGACUACGCGGUACCAUACAAGAUGAACACAGAUGAGAAAUUCUAUGAAGGCGAAGUGGAAGAGGAAGAGGAUGGUUACGAUUUUGGAUUGUAUUAAUAAUACUUUAUAUUAUCUAAUAAUUAUAUUUUUGAAGACAAAUUUGUUUUGCCCGGACUAGUUAAGCAAAUUUAUGUUCAUAAAAGCGUUUAAUUUGU